AUGCCUCCUAAGCAAUCCACGAUAGUGCUGUUCUGGCACCGCACAGAUCUGCGUCUACACGACUCCCCAGCACUACAAGCUGCACUAGACUUGAAGCCUUCUGUUUUCAUUCCAGUCUGGACAUGGGACCCUCACUACAUCUAUCAUACACGAGUUGGACCUAAUCGCUGGAAAUUCCUGAUUGAAUGCCAACAGGAUCUGUCCAAGGCGUACAGCUCCCUCAACUCCAAACAGAAGCUAUGGGUUAUGCGUGAAGCGCCGCAGUCAAUUCUUCCAAAGCUGUGGAAAGCAUGGGAGAUUACGCAUUUGGUAUUUGAGAAAGACACAGAUGCGUAUGCACGACAGCGUGACGAGGAAGUCAUCAGGCUGGCGGAAGACGCAGGGAUUGAGGUAGUUGUUAGGAAUGGAAGGAACUUAUUCGAUCCUGAUGAGGUCGUGAGGAAGAAUAAUGGGGAGCCAACAUUGAGCAUGAAUCAGUUGCAGAGAGCGUCGGAAAAGAUCAAUGGUGGUUCUCCGGAUAAGCCAAUUGAUGCACCAAAAACAGUGCCUGAUCCUUGGGAUGAGGACAGAAUGAAUCUAGACAGCCUAGAACACGAUGUGCCCAAGUCAAAGCCAGAUCUCAAUGCGGCUUAUCGGAACAUCGAUGAUGGAAAGAAGCAAUAUACCCAAAUCAUGGGGCCCAAGAAGGAUUUUGCUGUUCCAACCCUGGAAGAGUUGGGUAUGGAUGCUGAUCAAGCAAAGAGUCCUCAUCGCGGUGGAGAGUCUGUUGCUUUGAAAAUGCUCGCAGAAUACAUCAAGGACGAAGAGUAUAUUGGUACAUUCGAGAAACCAAAGACCUCACCAGCUGCUUUUGAACCACAGGCCACAACCUUGCUAUCACCGCAUCUCCAUUUUGGCUCUCUGUCUGUUCGCAAAUUCUGGUGGGAUGUAAAGGCCAUAAUGGAUAAGCGGCAUAGGGAAAAGCAGCCAACUGCAGAUGCGCCUACGAAUCUAUUAGGACAACUUUUGUUCCGAGAAAUGUUUUUUGCUGCUCAAGCUGUGUUGGGUCAUACUUUUUCACAGACUUUUGGAAACAAAAUUGCUCACUUCAUUCCAUGGCGGCUGCAAUCCACUCAUUCAAAGGCAGCAGAUGGUAAGGUCAUUCGCGAUAGCACUUACGCAGUUGAUUCUGAAGAAGCUGAGACCUGGUUUCGACGAUGGAGAGAAGGACGAACCGGUUUUCCUUGGAUUGAUGCUCUAAUGCGUCAGCUGAGACGAGAAGGCUGGAUACAUCAUUUGGGCCGGCACAGUGUGGCUUGUUUUCUGACUCGUGGAGGCUGCUACGUAAGCUGGGAGCGAGGAGUCGAUGUGUUUCAGGAGUGGUUGAUCGAUCAUGAAGAAGCAUCUAACGUUGGAAACUGGAUGUGGCUGUCAUGCACGGCUUUUUUCUCCCAGUACUACCGAUGCUAUUCACCCAUAGCCUUUGGCAAAAAGUGGGAUCCCGAUGGUGCUUUCGUCCGUCGAUAUUGCCCAGAACUCAAAAACUUUGACAAGAAAUAUAUAUACGAGCCAUGGCGUGCCCCAAUACAGGAUCAAAAGAAAUGGGGAUGUCGCGUGACGGGCGACGGGACUUCUGACAGGGAGGGUGGCUUGAAAACGUAUCCAAAGCCUAUAUUUGAUUUCGAUAGACAGCGCCAGGUCUGUAUUGAUUCCAUGAAGAAGGCUUAUCACAUCGGUCUACACGGCAAUGAUGCGGAGGUACUGGAUGGCAGUUGGAAGGAGGUUUUUGAGUUUCAUGAUCAAAAUGCCUCGCUGAUGGACACGACGAAUGGGCCGGUUGAUGAUAACAUCGUGGAUGAGCCGCCGAACAAGCGUCGGAAGAUGCAGGAGCAUGAAGAGGAGAACGAGCGACACAUGGGUAAUGAAUGA